AUUUGCCUUGUCGUACAUACACAACAUGCUCGCCUACGGUAUUCUCUCGGUCGUUUUGGCCGUCGCCGCCUGUCUCUUGGCGUCCUUCGCGCUCGUCGUGCCCGCUUGGUCGGCGCUCGACAACGUCGCGUUCACCGGGUCGUCGUUCACGCUCCAUACGCCCUUUGCCGCCGGCGUGUGGGGCUACUGCACGGACGUGCGCAUGGACACGUCCGCGGGCUCGUACCUCGGCCACUGCGUCCUCUACCAGCGCCACGCGUCGACGACCAACACCAACUCUGUGACGAUCGAUGGCACCGGCCUCUGCACGCUUGAGACGACAUCGUCGGCGUACACGGCCCUUCUGUCGGCGUCCCAUUUGGACGCGUCCGUCUUUGACACCUUUGCUGCUGAUGCGUGCGGUGUCUCGGCGUGGCUCGCGCUAGCGUGCAUUCAAGUUGUCAUUGCGCUUGCAGCGAUCGGUAUCGUCGCCGAGUGCGUUGCGCUUAUCGCUGGCUGCUGCGGCGGGAAGCGCUUCCUCCAAGCCCACGCGACCCUCGUCCACCUCACGGCCAUGAUGCUUGCGCUCUUUAUGGCGAUUGUCACCAUGCUUGCAUGGGCCGUGCAGACGCCGUCGCAUGUGUCGUACGCCGCGUCGUUCCACUGGCUCAUCGCCGCGUUUGUGUUUUGUAUGGCGUCGGUCGCUUGUGGCUUCAAGUACCGCAUCGAGGCGCUGCGCGUCGCGAGCUUUAGCCCUAUCCCGCUGCCGACGCGGCCAUCGGUCACCAAAGACGAUGACAUCUUUGGCACGUCCCAGACGCCGUACCAGGAGGAAGAAGAACAGGAGCCAGCGAUCGUCUAGUGCAUACUCACAGUGAAUCGAAUUGUCUUCGCAUCCUCGA